AUGCUGGCUGGGAAGCGGCGGGUUUUAGCCCUCGCCUGGCAGCCUUCCAUUGCCGCGACUACCCGCUCAGUGAUGGGUGCUGCAGCGCGGUCGAGUGCAGAAAGUGCCCCGGACGACGCACAGGACGACACGGCUGGCCAGCCAGCAGCGCUCCAGCGGUGGUGCGUUCCUGAAGUUCCAGGCAUGGAUGAGCUUGGCACCUGCGACUUGUGGCACGCGCUUCUCUCCAAAGAGGGCUACGUGCGCCUAUGCAGCUUCUCCGGUGUGCGGAUACGGCGCUGGUGCUCCUGGCGGCAGCAGAAGGAGGGUCGCCCGACCAGUGCCUCUGCUGUCUGGUGCAGUCCAGACUUCGAGGAGGACUCUGAUCCAUGGGCUGCACCCGUGCCUGAGUGA